AUGCGGCUGCUUCAGGCUCUUUGCCUCUUGCUUUGGGUACCUUCGUUUGGCCACAACUGUGGCAAAGCUGCGUCGAACGAUGCCGGUGGCCACACUUGCAGUGGUCGUGUGGACUGGCUCGUUGGCUUCAAGGAGCUCACGGAGGAGGAGGCGGGCAUGCAGGUGGCUUCGGAGUAUCCGCUGUCCUGCUGGCGAUGUGGCUUUCAAAGCUCCAGCUGCAAGCUCCCACCGCAGUACCACGAUCCCCAGCUGCAGCAGCUGCAGAUGAUGAACUGUGGCAAAGUCCAGAAAGCCAUCGCGCAGUUCCAGAACGACGUGGAACUGGAGAGCAGCCACUGGGCCAGUCCAGACCAAUUGACUGUGUGGCAGCACAAGAGCAAAGAAGCAGGAGCCUUUUGUCGGCAGUCGGCCGAGCUGUUGGACAAUGACCAGUUCGAGGCAGCGGCGGUGGUGUCGCUUUACGCUUGGAGUCAUGUCAUCAUGGAUGAUUCGCAGUGUUGCGACCUACUACGACCUCCCUUUUGUCUGCAGGCGCAUGCGUCCUGGUCCACGCUUUCCGUCGCGGUGCUCGUAGGAGGUGCCUUCCUGGCAUUAGGAUUCUCCAUCAUCGCAUCGCUGACGGUUCUGAGCCCAUCGCCGACGCCUCAGGGGCCAAGCUGCUCGCCUGGCCUCUAUGCAAUGCCUCGAUCUAGUGCUCCUGCUCCCGCAGAUCUCCACCAGGAGCUGCUGAAGCAUUGGAUGAAGGACCACUCCCUCCGCGGCCUCCACGGGGCGCAGCACUUCGCGGAAAGCACGGCCAGCCUCUUCUCCGCCCUCUACCAGCGCUUCGACUUCCAAGUCGACAACGUCAGGAACCAGUUCGACCACCUCCUCUCGCUCUGGCGCUCGCACUGCGCGGUCCUGGCGGACUUGGAUCUGGAGCUGGAGGAGGAAGGGGACUUCCUCACGGAAGCGGUGGUGAACGAGCAAACUCUUCUGCAUGAAGCUCUCCAUGCCAUGCAUGCCGAGUUGUUGGAGGGCUUCUUGCGCUGGCGAGAUGCUCUGGCCGCUGAGCUACAGGAGCCGCUGAGCGCUCGGCACGGCUUGGGCCUGGGUGGGGCCCGCUGGGCGCAGCUGCCGCAUGGAGCCUGGUUGGACGCCGACGGCACCAUGUCGCGGGCCGCGAAGAUCAGCAGCAAACACCUAGCCGAAAUCGCGGUCUACUUGCUGGUCUGGGGUGAAGCUGGCAAUUUGAGGUUCAUGCCCGAAGUGGUGUACUUCUUGACUGAGUUGUCUCUUUCUGCAGACGACCCUCAUGGCGAAGCUUUUUAUCCAAGAGGCACGGGACAGGCAUCCAGCCCGGACCGAAAGGGCAACAGCAACAACCUCUUCCUCGCUCGCAUGGUCCGUCCCAUCUACAACUUGGUCUUCGACGAGUGGUACGACUGCGUCGACUUCAAGCGGAUCUCAGCAGCUGAGCGCGCCAGCGGCGUCGUGCACGAGUUCAGGGAGAAGCUGCCGACAUUUCACCGCGGUUUCGAGGCUUUCUUGCCGCCGGACAUCGCUAACUACGAUGAUUGGAACGAAUUCUUCGCCAGCGCGACCCGUUUGCGGCGAGGGAUGCCGCGGCUUUUUGAGUCUGAGCAUGGCAAGCGCUUUGCCAUCCUGCAGGAGUUCAACCUGACCAAGAUGCUUAACUCCUCCAAGACGAAGACCCACCGUGAGGUGCACUCACUAUGGGGUGUCUUCGCAUCCACUCAGAGGAUUUGGCUGCUUCACUCCUUACUGUUCUUCACCGCAAUCUGCAUCGUGGCAGGGGAGCCCAAAGACGAAGAGGAGGAGGAAACGAUGGCCGGGCGGACCGCACCGGUGCGCUUCGCAGCUCUAGGUCUUGUUGCUCCCUGUCACGCCCUCCUGGUGACUGUGUCGCGGCUUUAUACUUGCGGCAGUGCCACGAGGAAGGCCAUUUUUGGCCUAGGAUGCUGCUGUGCCAACGCCUGGCGCGUCUUUCUAUGGCUGCUCCCAGUGAUCACCUACGCUGCCGUUCGCUAUGCAGACUUGGUUUGGAAGAACAGCGAGUAUCUGAUAUUGGAAUACUGUCUCAUCGGGCAUACUGUGGUCUCAGUGUGGGUGGUGGCUUCUUUGCUGUUCUUCUCUGACCGAAGCUUUGACAUGCCUUACAAGGACAGACCGCGAGCACCGCUGCGGCUCAGGAUCACCAGGUAUUUCUUCUGGUUUGUAGUCCUGGGCGCCAAGUUUCUGGUGGCGGUCGUCCUCUUCGUCUCGAUCUUUGCGCUGAUCCUGGAUCUUCAACUGGAGCCCCUGGGCCGAGCCACCUCCCAGGAUAUCCGGAUCGCUUGGCACAGCAGCAUCUGGGCACGCGAUGUGCUCAUUUGGUUGUGGCUGUGGUUCUCCAGCCUCUUCAUCUUUUGUGCUGACACGCAGCUUUGGUUCACUGUUGGGUGCACCUUCAUGGGCAUGGCCAGUACUUUUGUUCAGCGGAAAUGCUACGUCUUCGAUUUCGCGCUGGAGGAUGCCAUGCACAAGCUUCCCGAGCGCUUUGCGCAGAAGGUGCUGAGAUACUCUAACGAUGGCAAGCGUGCUUUUGCGAAGACGUGGAACCUAGUCGUUCAGCACAUGACUAGGGAACACAAGAUAAACAUGCGAGACAGCGGCGAGCUGUGCUUCGACUACAUCACGUCUGAAGAGCCUGACCCUCCGGUCCUCUUUAAUAAAGAGAACUGCUUGGAGAGAGCAGGCAAGCAUUACUGUGGAAUCACCGACACUCGCGAGUGGCCUGGGAACAAAGAGCUGCAGUGGCGAUUCCUGGCACUUGCACGAGGUGUUGGUUUGCAUGUUCCGAGACCUUACCGGUCUCCCUAUUUGCCGGGCAUGACGGCAUUGAUCCCGCACUUCGAGGAGCCGAUCUUGAUGAGUCAGGAGGACUUGUACAGCGAGGCUGCGGGUGAAGCGCGCGAGCUGGGCCACCUGAUCGACUACUUGCGCAUCAAGUAUGUCGACGAGUUCAAGAAUCUGGCCCAAAACUGGUCCGUCCCAGGUGGCGUGAGGAAUUGGUCGCGCUACAGCGAAGAGCAAUGGAAGGAGACAUGUGUCUGGGCAUCCAUGCGCCUUCAAACACUCUGGCGAACCGUGUCUGGUGUUUGCAAGUAUCAUGAUGCCCUGCUGCUGCACCACGAGCUCCAAGGGCUUUCAACAAGUGGGUUGAAAUGGCACAGAGAAGACACAAGAGAUGUGUUCCGCUGCCUGGUCUCCAUGCAGCUGUAUACGUACUUCACCGCGGUUCAGCGCGAACAGGUGAACGAAAUGCUGGAGAGGUUUCCCUCAAACCUGAAGAUCGCCUACAUUGACCACAACCAUCUGGUCGAGAACGGCGAUCGAGAUGGGAUUCAUCCCCGCCAGAGACGAAGAUACUACAGCUGCCUGAUCGAUCGAAGCUGCAAGAAGGUCAAGAACAUGGGCUCCUCGUUCCGGCAGCCCUUGUAUCGCAUCGAGCUUCCGGGAUAUCCAAUCCUGAGCGAUGGAAAAGCUGACAACCAGAAUCAUGCUCUCCCCUUCAGCCGGGGCACUAUCACCCAGUGCGUCGACUCGAACCAAGGUGCUUAUUUUGAGCAAAUGAUGCUGCUGCCUUGCGCUUUAGCCGAGUUCCGGUGGAAUGCAAAGCAGAUUGUCGGCUUUCCCGAGCACAUCACAAGCGACAUGGGUUCUGUUGGUGACUUUGCUGCUGGCUCGGAGAUGGCCUUCUGCACAAUCCUUCAGCGGAGCUAUGCGGUGUUGGGGGCACGGAUGCACUAUGGGCACCCAGAUCUCAUGAACAAGCAGUUCAUGAUGCAGCAGGGCGGCGUCUCGAAAGGCACCAGGACACUGAACCUGUCGGAAGACAUUUUCGCGGGUUUGGAUUUCGUGCUCCGUGGGGACGGCCGGGAGAUCUGCCACAAGGAGUACUUCCACCUGGCCAAAGGGAGGGACUUGGGCUUCAACUCAGUUCUGAAGUUUUUCUCCAAGCUGUCCUCUGGCUCCGGUGAGCAGCUGCUUACACGUCAAAUGUUCCGGCUGGGGCAACUUUUGCCUCUUCCUGAAGCCUUGACUUUAUACUACGCGCAUGCCGGAUACUAUGUGACCCAGUUUCUCCUCUCAUGGGUCAUGCCUACCGUCAUGUUUACCUGGGCUUUGGUUCUGGCGUCGGAUUGCGAUGGCCACUUCGAGGCCUUCGAGUCGAGCUGCGCUCGCCGCCCCGCGGCGGAGCUCAUGGGCAGGAUGUUGGCCAGCAUCUAUACCCUGGCACUGCUGCUGCUUGUGCUUCUGGCAACGGCUGCACCACUUUUCAUGGAAGAGUGGCUGGAAAGGAGCUUCAAGAUCGCUGUGCAGCGGCUGUUGAAGCAAAUCUUCACGCUCUCCUUCUUGAUGUUCGUUUUCCAAGCGAAGAUAAUUGGCUUCUAUGUCAUCAACGAGUUACGCUACGGCGGUGCCAAAUACAUCAGCACCGGUCGAAGUUUGCCAACAGAGCGUCGGCACUUCAUCCGGGCCAAGACGGAGCCUGACGACUUCGAUGGUCUUUACUUAGAUUACGCGGUGCAAGCGUUCUACGAUGGGCUGAUCCUCCUCAUCGCCUCGGUGAUGGUCGUCGGUCUGGGAGGGAUGAGCUCUGUUAACGUCUAUCGUCACCGACUUUCACCCGUUUGGGUGUGCAUCGGAUUGACAAUCAUCUCUUGGCUUUAUGCCCCUUUCAUCUUCAACCCGCACCAGUUCGCCCGUCGCCACAUAGAGGAAGACAGGAGGAGUUUGUGCGCCUUUUUCUUCAAGAAUUGGGGCCGUGGAUGGAUCCGAUGGUAUGAGGAAUGUCAGCUAAAGCCACGUGCUGGAUUGAGUAUUUCCAUGUUGGACUUCAACUUUCUGUUUGUAUUCUUGGGCGUGUCGGUUUGGUUUGCUGUUGUCAACCACAAGGUCAGUAUGUUGCAGGUGAUCUUCUCCAAGCACGCCCUUAUGGAAGAGGUGGCUGCGCUGACACUACUACCACCAGUCGCAUUCUCCAUGGUCUUCUGCAUGUUAGCCGCCCUCGGGUGUAGUUUCACCAGCUGUAUCAGGAGAAGCUGUAGAUCCACUACGCGGUCCAGCUGGGACGUGCUGAAAGCAUUGGUGCCAUUGUUGGCCCCAGUUGUGGUCCUUCUGCAAAUCGCGGAAGCUGCGCUCUGCUUGGACAUACUGCGAAACACUGGCCGAUGGAAAGACUACAUCGCCGGGUUCAUCCUGAAAUAUCUUCUAUUGGAGGUGAUGAUUUACCUUGCAGAAGGCCUCCUGCGCUCCCGCUGUGCGAGGGGCGGUCUCUGCAAACCGGAGCGCGGGCUUCAGGCAUUGUAUUUCUGGGUGCUCACCAACCGCAUGUUCAGGGACAUGAUCACUUCCACAGUGAUCCUGGUUCCCCUUCUCAUCCUUAGCUACUUCAACAGUGCAGUGCGAAGACUGUGCAGCUCUUUCGACCUGCACGAGUUCCUGAUAUAUCGCAGCACUGGCCAUCGCGCUCGCCGCAGAUCUUCCGCGUGCGGUGGGGAGACAGACUCAGAGCCCAGUGAUGAGCAAACAAGCGCGGAGACAAGCAGCAGUGACGAGGCGGCUCCCCUACCAGUGAGAGCAAGGUAA